AAAUGAUCUCAUUUUUAAAUUUAUUAAUGAAUCAAUUAUAUUUUGAGUAGAUUAUAUAAUCAUCACUAUCUAUUGAUUGAUCGAUUGAUUUAUUGAUUAAUUAAUCGAUUAUUUAAUUAUAAUGAACUAUGAUUAAUGAUCAGUACAUGAUUUCAUUUAUUAAAACACACACACAUAUAUAUAUCUAUCUAUAUCUAUAUCAAACAUUGAAUCAAUUCAGUUUGAAUCUGUUCAAUCUAUUCAAUUAACAAUAUAUAUAAAUAGAUGUAUGUUACUAAGUGAUAUGUCUCACUCUCUCUCUCUCUCUCGCACUCUCACUCUCUCGCCAUAGAUACAAAUAUUAUUCAAUGAAAUAAAUAGAAAAAAAUUUUUUUUUGAGGGGUUUAAUUGCAUCAAUCACUGAACAAUUAAAAAAAAAGAACAAGGAAAAUUUAAUUAUUUAAUUAAUCAGAAAAAACUUAUAAAGGGUAAAGGAUUUAUAUUAUUGAUUUAAACAAUUGAAUAUUGAUCAAAAGAGAAAAAAAAAGAAAGAAAGAUAUUUCGAAUUUCAAUUCAUAUUCAAUAUUAGAAUACGAAAUAAACAUGAAUAAUACCGUUAACCUCAUCAAAUCAGAGAAUUUAUCACCUUCAGAGCCUUCAAAUGAAACGAUUGUAAGAUGUAUUCAUCGUAAGCAUAAAUAUUGUUAUGACAAUGUCAUUAAUGAAAAUAAUCAUGAAUCAAGUCAAAUGAAACGUCAAUGUUUAACAUCUAAUCAUAAUUUAAAUUCUAUUACUGAUCAUAUAAAUAUCAAAUAUCAAUUUAAUUAUUGGCUUGUAUUUACUAUAGUAACAACUGGUAAACAAGGUAAUGAAUUAGGAUCAGAUCAAACACCAUUAAUUCAAUUCAAUGGGAUAUUAGGUAAUUUUUAUGAGAAUAAAAUUGUUGAUCGGAUCAAAAUCUCUAUUCACCCUGAAAAUUUUACACGAAUCUAUCGAUCUUCUGUAGAUUUAAUCAAUCAUAAAUCUCAAUUACAAUCAACUAUUAGCGCGAAUAAUGAAUUGAAAUUAGAUUCUUAUUUUCUAUCUCAUUGUAAUGGUUGCAAUAAUAAAUUCAAUGAAUUAUCAUCUACUAAUACAGGGAAAUUUAUCCCUUCAGUUGAAUCAACUAAAUACACCACAGUAGUAAAUGGUGUGAAUAUUUCUAAAGAAGCAUUAGAAGCUGCUGGUUUAUCGGAUAUAUCAGAAUAUGAAGUGCAUGGUUUAAGCUUUAAAGAAUCAAUCAUUAAGAUUUCCAAUUGGUUAAAAGAUCAUGGAGUAUUAGAUGAUCUAUUGUCGACUGACAAGUCUAAUAUCUUACUUAUUGCAGAAAAUCAUCAAUCUGUACGAAAUGUUAUACAUGCUGAAGCUGCCUAUCGUAAUAUAGAUCAUGAAUUGAUUAAUUGUUCACCUUGGUCAAUGUAUAUAGAUUUGAUUGAAUUUUGUCAACAAUCACUCUUUCAGUCCAAUAGUUCUAAUGAUGAUAAUAAUGUUAGCAAUAAUGGAAUCACUGAACAGAAAGAAAAUAAAGAACAUCAUCUUCAUAGUAUAUUUGAUGCUGCUCAUGCAUUGGAAAUUGAUUCAGAAGAGACUGAAGUAGCCGCUAUUAAAGCUGAAAUAAUGGCAAAUAUAGUAAUUGAAUUAACUAAGAAAGGUUAUCAAGUGAAAGAUCCUGAGUAUGUACGUUAUAAUUAUGAACAUAAAACAUUUUCACGUAAAUUGAAAAUAAUGGACAGUCAAGUUGUUGAGAUACGUCAAGUUCCAUGGACUGCCACACCAGCUACAAUCGCUCAUUAUUUCACCGGUCUGAAUGUUCAUCCUGGUGGAGUAGCUAUUCGAUUGACAGAUGGACGACGCAGUAAUACUGCCAUUGUUGCUUUCAAUGAUUCAAAGAAUGCUCAACUUGCAUUAGCAAGAAAUCAACAUCAUUUGUGUAGUUCGUCGAUGACAGAGAUUGCAAAUAGUACAUCGGAUGUGCAUAUCAUGUCGUCAUCAUCAUCGUCGUCGUCAUCCUCAUCAAACAAUCAUGUUACAAACAACAAUAAUCCCACCAAUCAAAGUUGUGCUAAUAGUCGGAAUGAGUGUUCGACUGAUGGUAUUCAACAGAUUAUAGGUGGUUCAAUGAAACCGAUAUACUUACAAAUCCAUCCAGCUUCAGGGAAGGAAUUUGUUCAGUGUGCUGGAUGUGAUCAAGAAUCUGUUACAAAAUUUUUAAAUCAAUUAACAAAUGGUGAACAAGUUGUAGUACGUGUACGUGGUCUACCCUAUACAACAUGUAAAAAACAAAUUAUUGAAUUUUUCAAUUUUGUUCAAGCACCAAUUAUGUUAAAUGAACAAGGAAUUUAUUUAGUGACUUAUCCAGAUCAACGACCAACUGGUGAUGCAUUUAUUCUAUUUUCUAAUGAUAAUAUAGCAACUAAAGCAUUAACACGUCAUAAAGAUUAUUUAGGUGAUAGAUAUGUUGAAUUAUUUAAAGCAUCACCAUCUGAAAUGGUUCAGGUUUGUCAUAAUGUAACACUAUUUCAGUGCUCAUCAUCUGGACAGAAAACACAUUCAGCCUUAUCGAACAUCCAAUCUAAUGGAAUCAUAGGUGUACCACUAAUGAAUGGAGCAACACAAAUCAACUGUUCUAACCUAGUCAAUUUUGUAAACAAUAGUAAUACUAACAGUAGUAAUAACAAAGAAACUUAUUUAAGCCCAGCACUUACACAUUUGAAAUCGGCUAUCAGUGCUGGAGCCCUAUCAAAUAUACAAAAUCUAUGGAAUUCUGGAACAAUCCCUUUGGGUUUACCACAUAACUUAUUAACAUCAAGUGGAACAGGAUUGGAUUCAUCUGGCUUAAACGAGAAUGUAUUAUUUAAUAAUGCAAUAGGAGGUAUAUCACCAUCCAUACCAAUGAUUUCACCAAACAAUUCUUCAGUGAAUCAUAACCUUUUAUCAAAUAUACCUAUUACAAAUUCGCUCAUACGUGAUCUAACUGAUCCAACAGAUCCUGACUGUCCAUUUGCAAGACCAAUGCCAAUUGGUGGUGCAUGUGCUAUGGUUCAGUUGAAUGAACUGCCCAUGGAAACAUCCAGGCAUGAUAUUCGAUUGUAUUUGGGUCCAGCUAAUUUUGCAAAGGUUUAUCGUAUGAGAAGGAUGGAAACUAUUUCCAACACUAACACCACCACCAUCACCACCACCACCAACACUAACACCACCACCACCACCAACAAUAAUAAUAAUAAUACAUCAUCAUGGUUAUUAUCAUUAAAGAAUAUCACUGAAGCUAUUCAAUUUAUUCAUGAUUUAAUUAUUAGACCAUUUACUAUUACUACAUUAUAUAGAAAUAAUCAACAAUUUAAAAUAUUAUCAAAUAUUCCAACAUUUGCAUUAUAUAAUAUUGAUUAUAAUGGUAAAUUAUCAAUGAUUGAUUUAUCAAAUAUAAUAUAUAAUAUACCAAUACAACGAAUUCAUAUGGGAUCAUUAUUAAAAUGGAAUAAAUCAAAUUAUUCUAAUUAUAAUUGGUCAAAAUCAAUAAUAAAAUAUCCAAUUAAAACAAAAAUCGAUGAUUCACAUAUAUUAAAUGCAAUCAAUUCACCAAUUCAAUUAUCCGAUACAAAUUUACCUAUUCAAUAUACAUCUUCAUUUAUAAAACAUAACAAUAUAGAUAAUAAUAAUGAUCUCCAUACAAUCUCUAAUGUUAAUCUUUCUCCAACUCUAAUUACUAAUCAUAAUUAUGAAAAUGUAUUAAUUCCAACAUUCAAUUAUCUAUCAUCUAAUAAUAUAGAUUAUUAUAAAAUUUUAUCUUAUAUAAAUAAUCAAUUCAAAUAUAAUAUGCCAAAUCAUACAUCAUCAUCAUCAUCAUCAUCAUCAUCAAUAGUUAUAUUAACUGGUUUACCAAUUGAUGUAACACAAGAAGAACUUGAAUUAUUAUUUAAACCUGUACAAAAUCUAUUAACGGCUCAACCAUACUUUAUACCAUUUCAAUAUCAUACAAAUGGAACAGCGAAUUUUUUAGCAAAUUUUAAUAAUCCAUUCGAUGCUCAAACUGCAGUACAUUAUUGUCCAAAUAGUAGUUUAAGAUCAAAUAAAUAUAUAAUAGGAGCUGCUUGUUUAAUACCAUCAACUAAUACAAACAAUCCCAAUUACCUAACUUCAUCAUUAUCAUCAUCAUCAUCAUCAUCAGUAUCAUCACCAAUAGUGCCUAUUCAUACAACUAAUAUACUAAAUUCUAAUCAUUUAAUAAACCCUUCAAAUUUCUUAAAUUAUGAUUUAUUCAAUUCAGGGAAUUUUCUUUUACCAUCAACAACUUCAACAAUUCAAUACAAUAGAUUACAAUGAAAUACAAAAGAGAGAUUUUACUUGUUGCUUAUAUUCCAUGUUUACAUUAUAAACUACUUUUGUUCUUAUAUAUAUAUUCCCCUGUCUUUCUAUCAAUUGAAUAUUUUGCCUUCAUUUUCUUAAUGAACAAAUCAUUUGUACACACACACACACACAGACAGACAAACACUUUUUUUCCCCAAUUUGUGUAUAGUUGAAAGUUAUAUUAGGGAUAAUUUGUUAAAAUUCAGUUAUUUUUCUAAUCACUUUGUUUGUUUGAUUUUUCUGUUUCUUUAUAUUUAUGUAUAUUCUAAAAUAACAUUGAAGUGUUUAAAAAAAAAAGAAGAAGAUUAAGUUUUGUUUACUUAUUGACUUACUUAUGGCCUGUUGACUCCGACCAUGUAUGCCUGAACACCGAUUAUCAUGACAUGCAAUGCUAAUCGGUGUUCGGGAUGGUUGGAAGAAAGUUAGGGGCGGCCAAAUCAAAAUGUGGCAUUAGUGCUUGAAGUCACUGACUUCUAGUCUGAGCCAUGUUGUUAGAUGCAGAC